UAUGAUAACGCUUUUACAAAAUCAGCGUCAUUGCAUGAAAUAUUUUUCAAAAAAAUGAAAUAAAUUGCGUUAAAUUUCGAUGAGUAUAAUUUUAUUAAUUAAAUUACGUUUUAAUACCCAUCGCCUAGUUGCUAUUUAAUAACCUAGUUCCUAUUUUAUCGCGAAUUCUGUACGCAUAAUGGCCAUAACACCGAGUGCUGUGCGACAGCAGGUAACUCAAUUAUCAAAUUACACCGGAUCGCAUAAAGAUCAAGUCGAGAAAUACAGAACGAUCCUUCAGAGUAUUCUAAAAUCACCUCCCAGCGAUAUAGCCGAAGCGUUGAAAAUAUUCAUCGAAGCUAUUGUCAACGAAAAUGUCAGCCUUGUGAUUUCUCGUCAAAUUCUCACCGAUAUUACCAACCACUUGACCGAACUGAACGACGAAUUAUCCAAAGAAAUAUCUCAUUUUACAUUGGAAAAAGUUCAACCACGUGUGAUAUCGUUCGAAGAGCAAGUAGCAGCGAUCAGGCAACAUUUAUCCAAUAUCUACGAACGUGAACAAAAUUGGCGAGAAGCAGCCUGCGUUCUUGUUGGAAUACCCCUGGAAACAGGACAAAAACAAUAUACCGUGAAUUAUAAGCUAGAAACGUAUAUGAAAAUAGCUCGUUUGUAUUUAGAAGACGAUGAUCCGAUUCAAGCUGAAGCGUUUAUAAAUCGAGCAUCUCAUUUACAAGCUGAUUCAGACGAUGAAAAGUUACAAGUUUACUACAAAGUAUGCUACGCUCGAGUGCUCGAUUACCGACGUAAAUUCAUCGAAGCUGCUCAACGCUACAACGAGCUUUCCUACAGAACCAUUAUACACGAAGAAGAACGCAUGACCGCCCUUCGAAAUGCUCUCAUUUGCACCAUUUUGGCAUCAGCUGGACAGCAAAGAAGUCGUAUGUUAGCCACGUUGUUUAAAGACGAACGAUGCCAACAACUACCAGCGUUCUCGAUCCUCGAAAAAAUGUACUUAGAUCGUAUUAUUCGACGUUUCGAGCUCGAAGAAUUCGCUUCCAUGUUGUUACCACAUCAGAAAGCGGUUACCGGAGAUGGUUCCACUAUACUCGAACGUGCUGUGAUCGAACACAACCUCUUAUCCGCCAGUAAACUCUACAACAAUGUUACUUUCGAAGAACUCGGAGCGUUACUCGAAAUAGCCCCCAGUAAAGCAGAAAAAAUCGCUAGCCAGAUGAUCACCGAAGGUAGGAUGAACGGAUUCAUCGAUCAGAUCUUGGCUAUUGUUCAUUUUGAAACUCGCGAUGUUUUACCAACGUGGGACAAGCAAAUCGAAUCGUUGUGUUAUCACGUCAAUCAGGUUAUCGAUUUAAUGUCCAACCAACCGGUAAUUCGUGACUGGAUGAAUAAACAUUUGAAUGAUCAAAUGAUGUAUUAAAAUUAGAUGCUGAAUUGCGCGAAUUCUAACGCAUCAACAUUCAAUAUGUUUAUUCUUGUGAAAAUUCAUCGGUAACCAUCGGAAUAGUGAAAUUAUGAAUUAUUCGAUGCUCAGAAUUACAUCUUCGAUUCGGAUAAUUCACCUGUCUCGCAGCGUUGAAUUAAUUUUCUUAAGUAUCUCUCGAUAAGGUAUUUUUAUCCUUCUUUUUUCGUUCGUAUUCAUUUGUAUAAAUAAAAUAACAUUUUCGUA